UCCAUUCCACUAAGUCUAGCUCUCCUCUUCUAGUGCCAUGAGAUUCUCUCUCUUCUCCAAAGGGGCACAAGCUUUCUCCUCUCUCUAAAGGUUGACCUCAAGGAGUAGAGAAUCCUGGAGAGGGUUCAAAAGCCAGAGAGAGGUACUGAGGUGAGUGGGAGCUUGGUGUUGCUUGGUGCUAGCAUAUCGGGGAAUAUGGAUAGGGGACUCAUCCACAAAUCAUCACCACUAGUGGGGGAGAUGGGUGAAGGCCAUGGAUGGUGGAGCGUGAAUAAUUUGAGGCCCCCCUUUGAGCAGCACAAUCCUUCUAUUCUCUUGCCCUCCACCACCGCCGCGUCCUCCUCCUCCCAUAUCAGUUCUUUCUCUUCUUUGCUUCUGUCGAAUCACUAUCCACUGCCUACGACUAGCACUGCACCUUGGCAUGACAGCAGCAGUAGCAACCAAGGUCAGCAGCUCCAGGAUCCAUGGAGUCAUCUCGUCAUGUCACCCGGUGGCAGUGGUGGAUUGGCUAAUAGUGAGGAGAGGUACAAGAACUGGGAAGGCCAGGCGCUGUUUCCCACUGGCGGGGAAGAAGCAGAAGAUCGGAGUAGCGCCGGCUACAGCUACAGGGCCACAGUUAGCCAUGGGAGAAGCCAAGCUGGUGAUGAGAUCCAAUUGGCAAUGUCAUCUCCACCUCCGUGGGCCAGAGGUAUCCAGCAGCACCACAACACCCUGCAGCAGCAAGCUUCCUCCCCUAGGUCUUCCUCCAUCACCUCCACCACCUCCCUCGGAAGCAGCAUGUUUGAGUUCUCAAACCACGGUUCUCCACGUGAGUGUCUCAGCACAGCAUCUGGAACAGCUUUCAAGAAGGCUAGGACCCAAGAACCCUCUCCGGCUCAAUCUAUUGUUAAGGUGAGAAAGGAGAAGCUAGGGGAUAGAAUAACUGCCCUUCACCAGCUUGUCUCCCCAUUUGGGAAGACUGACACAGCGUCUGUACUCCUUGAAGCCAUUGGGUACAUCAGAUUCCUACACGGUCAAAUUGAGGGUUUGAGCUCACCAUACCAGCUCGGCGGUGGCAAUGGGAGCGGGGGUGGCUCCAUGUCCAAGCAGCAGCACGAAGCCACGGCGCAACAAGGAGAAAGGAACAACAUAUUUCCAGAAGAGCCUGGCCAGCUGUUACAUGACAAAGCCUCGAGGAAGAGAGGACACCCUGACCAGGAUGUAAGCUGUAGUGGUGAGGAAGCAAAGAAGGAUCUGAAGAGUAGGGGGCUGUGCCUUGUCCCGGUGAGCUGCACGCUGGACUUUGGCGCGGACGCCGGUCCUGCGGAUUACUGGACGGCGGCGCCGCCUUUUGGGAUGGGAUUCGGCCGGUAGAUGAACGGAGCAAUGGAUCAUGGUUGUGGAAGCAGCAAGGUGUCGGUCGGGUGGCUUGGAGAACCGAGAUAUAUACCUGUACCUGUUAAAUGCAUGAUAAAGUCAUAUGCGUGCAUGAAUUGUAGCAUAACAUCAAGAGCAGCCAUCCUGCUGAAAAGAAGUUUAAGGCUGGUUCCUCUUGAUGCUAUGCAUGAACGCAUUCAUGCAUGUACAUGCGUCUGUACAUGCACUAGCUGAGGGUAGUGAAUCAUCGGUCUAACAGAGUAUAUAACUGUUAGUGUGUGUGAUCGAUCUGGUUGAAUUAGAGAUUGGUCAAUUUGGAUCAGUGGAGAAGGUGCGUCAGACGACAGACGGUAGAGCUAGCUACUAGCUUUGCUAGUGCUCAUUAGAUAGCGCCACCUUAAUUUGCAAGGCUUAUAUGUUGUGCAUACAUGCGUGGUAGCCGUAUCUGGAAUGGUCAUGGUCACUUUUUUCGAAA